AGUCCUCAGAGAUCAAGAUGUUGAGGGGAUUCAGAAAGCCGAAAUUUGUCACCAAAUGCAAAUCUGAUAUAAAGAUCACGAAGUUGAGGCUUGAGACGAUAAAGAAAAAGAGGAGCGCAGUACAGAAGUUUUUGAAGAAUGAUAUUGCUGAUCUUCUGAGGAGUGGCCUUGACAUCAAUGCCUAUGGCAGGGCUGAGGGGCUUCUGGUUGAGCAAAAUAUGUCUGCCUGCUAUGUAUUAACUGAGAACUUUAUUGGAUGUAUCUCAAAUAAUCUCUCUCUCAUGCAAAACCAGAGCGAAUGUCCUGAGGAAUGCAGUGAAGCUGUUCCAUCUUUGAUGUACGCUGCAGCACGAUUUGCUGAUUUGCCCGAACUGCGUGACCUCAGAAAUAUGUUUACUGAAAGAUAUGGAAAUUCCCUUGAACCUUUUGUGAAUAAAGAGCUUGUGGAGAGGUUGAAGGCAAAGCCUCCUACAAAGGAGAUGAAGAUUCAGUUAUUGCAUGACAUAGCACAAGAGUUCUCAAUUGAAUGGGAUUCAAAGGCUUUGGAACAGAAACUGUAUACUCCAUCUCCACUUGACCAAGGACAGCGCAGAUAUGGGUCUCCAGGUGACAGUGAUGAUGAUAUGCACAAAUCACAUAAAAGUAAGGAUAAUGCUUUUCCAAAGGGAAAAAACCAGGAUGCUGGGGACGUUUUGAGCCACAGAACAAAGUAUACUGCAUCAGUAGGAAGUGAAGAUGAAACAACGACAGAUGUAUCCCAAGACGCCCCGAAGUAUUGUUCGAGUUCAGUAGGAAGUACAUCAGGGGAUGAAGCAGAUAACAAGAUGCCCUUCUACUCCAAAUUUGCUCCACCGCCUUACUACAAACCAAAACCUGAAAGAAAGGAAAGCAGCUUUGAGGAUCCCACAAAGUUAAACAGCCAUGUUGAAACAGAUCACCAUAAUGAUGUUUCAGUUGGCGAAGAUGAUCCAAAACCAAGAUCAGUUAGGAGGAAAAACUUGAAACCGCCACCCGGUCGUGAAAAUCUUGACAGGAAUGAUCCAAGGGAUGAGGAAGAGAGGGUACUGGAUGGCCUUUUGAUGCAUUACAGUAAGAAACAGUCACCCCAUGAAUCGAGACAGAUGAAGGGCAAUCUAAGUCAAGUAGACAUUGAUGCUGGUGAAUCCGCGAACAGAAGCAGAAGAUCUCAGCGACAUGCUCCAUCAGCCAGAGCAUCAUCUCUCCCACCAGAGCCAACAUCUCCAAUUGAGGCACCGAAAGGGCACGAAAGAACCAAUUCCUUACAACCAGAUGCACAUGUGCACCCGAAACUACCGGAGUAUGAUGAACUGGCAGCUCGAAUUGCAGCGCUUAGAGGAAUAUAGAAGACAGCAGCAUUAGAAGUCUCUUUGUAAAAAAAAAAUUACAUGGUGCAUGUCCAUUAUAGGAAAGAUUAUUUGUUUGUUCCAGUUUGAUAUCUCUAUCAAUAUUCAUUCGUUAGUUUACUAAUCAUAUUUCAUUGUAAAAA